GCUGAUGAGCAGCCCAAUGGUCCACGUUGGAAACCAGAGUUCGGAGGACAGAGUCACUUAAGUCACCCAAGUGGCUCUUUACCUGGAGAUUGGAAUGCUGGCGUGCACGCUGUGCCCCGUGAAGAGUCGGACUCGAGGCCAAAGGUGGUCUCCAAGGACUUUCAAGCUAUCUUGGAUUCCUUGGUGGCGCGACACCUACACGAAGUUGCAGAGAUUCAAGCAGAAAAUGCAGACCUGCGCGCCCGGUUUUUGGAGACAAAGCCCAUCAAGGUGCUGCGCACUCUCAAAGAACACGUACAUUUUCCAGGGGAGGACGAGACGGAGAAAGUCUCUGACGCAUUGGACACAUCAAAGGUACUCAGUCGGCUCUCGAAGCUGACCAACGAGUCGGAGAAGGUCAAUGAAAAACCGGAACUCACCAACUUCCAACGCUUGCAGCUCUUCCUUCAGUCGAGCACCUUUGACGCGAUUAUUUCCGCAGUCCUCUUCACCAAUGUCAUGUUAUUGGGUUUGCAGCUUCAGUUUGAAGGCUCUCGCAUAGGCUAUUCCAUUGCCUAUUAUCCUGAGAAAGUUCCUGCUGACCGGGACUGGCCUGGUAUUCAGGAGGGGUUGCACAUUGCCGACCACCUGUUUACAGUGAUCUUCACCGCAGAUGUGGUGCUACGUAUCGCGUGUUUGAAGUGCAGCUUUUGGAAGAGCCCCAUGAACUGGAUUGAUACCGGGGUGGUCGUUUUGACGCUCGCCACCGUCUUCCUUGACAUGUCCAGCCUUCCCAUCGAUCCGAUCUUUCUGAGGCUGUUACGCUUGGGUAAACUCGCCAGGGCCUUUCGAAUGAUCAUUCUCUCAGGACGUCUUGAGUCGUUUGGUCUUCUCUUGAAAUGCGUAUUGGCCUCUGUCACGAUGCUGGGCUAUGCCACACUGGUGUUGAUCUUCGUGCAGUGCGUUUGCGGUAUGAUCAUCAGCACGUUGGUGUCGCGAUAUCUUGAAGAUCCGGCCAUGGAUGCAGAGGGCCGCAGGCAUGUCUUCCAGUACUGGGGAACCUUCACAAGGACCUUCCUGACGAUGUUUGAGGUCUUGUUCGCAAACUGGGCUCCAUCUUGCCGUGCCCUCGUGGACAAUGUGAGCGAAUGGUUUACUCUGAUCUUUGUGGCCUAUAGGUGUAUCGUGGGCUUUGCACUUCUGAACGUCGUUAAUAGCGUGUUCGUCUCCCAGACGCUCAAGAUCGCGGAUUCCGAUGAGGAAUAUCUGAUCAAGCUACGCCAGAAGCAUCAAGACCAAUAUCGAAAGAAGCUGGAAACCUUAUUUAAGGCGGCUGAUGUGACCAAUGAUGGCUUCUUGGAAUUAGACGAGUUCAUGCGACUCCUGGAGGAUGAAAAGAUGCAUCUCUGGCUGUCGCAGUUGCAACUUGAAUACCAUGAUUUGAUGGAGCUUUUCCAGAUGAUCGACUCAGGAGAUGGUCGAAUCGACUGGAAAGAGUUUAUGGAGGGAGCCGGUCGCUUGAAGGGCCAAGCGAAGAGUAUGGACGUGUUUCGCCUGGAGACGAAGAUAGAUGCUGUGAUGAAGAGCCUGAAUGAUAAGGAUGGUUCCAAGCAGCGCUGGAAACGAAACAUCUCUCUGGAUUCCUCCUAG